AAAAAUAAAAAAUAAAAAUACAACUUUAAAUAACGUGAAAAAUAUUUUGAGAAAUCUAUGUAAGUUUGAAAAAUUAAAUUGUUCUUAUUUAUAACUGCUAACACAAUAUAUAUUGCAAACCAUUAUCACUGUAAGAAAUUAACAACUUACAGUAUUACAAAUUAUCUCUACGAGACGUAAAAGCAAUUAAGCUUAUUAUUCAAAUAAUAAAUUUUUAAUGCUAUGCGGUUUAGAAUAUCACGUGUUAAAGGAUGAAAAAAAAUUUUUUAGCUUGUUUUAGAAUUGAAUUAUUUUCUAAACAUUUUGCUGUUUGAAAUCUCGUACUUCUUUAACAUGUUGAAUAAUAGUUUCAAUUUUUGUAAAUAAAACAUAUGCAAGUAUUAAAAGAACUUAUAGAAUCACGAGAGUUACGGUCACAAACAGUUUUCAUUGUAUUGUACAACUUCAUUCCAAUAAAAUAUUAAAAAUAUGAUUAAAUUGUAAUAAUUGUUAAUGAAAAUGAAUUUAAUUUAUAAUCUUAAAAUUUACACGAACUUUUUAAACGAGUAUAAUUAGAAAAUUGAUAUAUAAUAUCAUGUUUUACGUAAUAUAUCGAAAUAUAUGAUGGUUAAAAUUUCUUAUCGCGAUUCUUAUGUUGCAAGAAAUGUUUGAGAACCACUGAGAAUGCACGAGGAUCGCUGUAUUUCAUCAUUCACCAAUUUUUAUGAAAUUAAGAACUAUGGCAUCAUUUGUGGUACCGGUUGCAACGAGAUUUACUCGUGUCACGAUUGAUAGUUUGCACAAUAUAAAUAAAAAUAUUUUACUUAGGUUAAUUCAACCAUCACAUGUUUCUUGGCAAAGACAAGAGUAUAGUACAAUUACAGAAGAACAGAAGUCAGAAAGUGGAGAACCAGUAUUGGAACUUACAGAAAAUGAAAGGAAAUUAAAAGCAGACAUUGAACUUAUUAAUAAGGAAUUAAUGGAUCUUAAAAAUCAUAAAAAUGAAUUAGAAGACAAAUAUAAAAGAGCACUUGCUGAUGGAGAAAAUCUUAGAGUUAGAUUAAACAAACAAAUUCAAGAUGCAAAAAUGUUUGGUAUUCAAGGUUUUUGUAAGGAUCUCUUAGAAGUAGCAGACAUUUUAGGCAAAGCUACAGAAAGUGUACCUAAAAAUGAACUCACAGAAAAAAAUCCACAUUUAAAAACAUUAUAUGAAGGUUUAAAAAUGACAGAAGCACAGUUACAUAAAGUAUUUAAAAAACAUGGUUUAAUUUCAUUAAAUCCACUGAAUGAAAAGUUUGAUCCUAAUCAACAUGAAGCAUUAUUUCAACAGGAAGUUGAAGGUAAAGAACCAGGAACAAUUGUAGUUGUAUCUAAAUUGGGUUAUAAAUUACAUGAACGAGUAGUAAGACCAGCAUUGGUUGGUGUUGCAAAAGGAUAAUUCAUGGUUAUGUCAAUUAAAA